CAUUGGCUAAGCUCCAUUCGGCGGUGGGUUGAGAUGCGAUGAACAGCCGCGCCUGUUCCAGCACUCACAGUCCCUCCGUCCCUCCGUCAGACUUAACUGGGAGCAACAUUCACUCAGUCAGUCACUCACUCCGUCGCUCAGUCAAACUCACUGGGAGCAGCGCUCACACAUUCGUUCACUCACUCAGACUGGAGAGCAGCAGCACCCCCUCAGUCCCUCCCUCAAUCAGACUCACUCGGACCAGGACUAACUCAGACAGACUGUCAGACUGUGAGCUGCCUUUCAGUGGGAGCAGAACGCCUGAUCCACCAGUCUCCCACUCACACUCAGACUAACAGAGGGACAGUACUGAGAAAGAAAGAUCAUUUGCCAAAGUCCGCUGAAUCUCACCGAUUAAGUGUGGAUGCUCGGUGAAUUGUAGCCGCUAUUCCUGUGAGUUUGUGUUGUAUUAUUGUUGCUCCCUGUCUCCCUCCGUCCCUGCACUUGUGAGAAUGCAGUUGUUACAUGCUUGCCUGACGCUGUUCUGGAUUUCUGUAUUUGUUGGCUUUGGAUUAUCACAGAUGACGGCCGAAAAAUUUCUGCUAACUGAAAAUGAGACUUGGGGGAAGUUUUAUUCAGGUCCCAAUUCUCUGGAUUUAUUCCACUUCCCCACGGUCCAGCCCGGCCUGGAGUUGUCUCAACGGGGAACCAGUCUUCCCGAUGUAACGGCGACGAUGGAUAACUCCAACGCAACCAAUGGCAGUAGUAACUCAACCAGUGACAGUGAUAUCCCUUCCUCCUGCUACUAUCCCACCCGCAGCAACCCCACCUUCCGAUACAUUACUGCCGGCCUCUCUUGUGCCAUUUUCGUCGUCGGGGUGAUCGGCAACGCGACUUUGCUGAGGAUUAUCUAUAAAAAUAAAUGUAUGAGGAAUGGUCCCAAUUUGUUGAUUGGAAGCCUGGCCCUGGGAGACUUGUUCUACAUCACGAUCGACAUCCCUUUUCAUGUCUAUAAGCUUCUGGCUUCAGAAUGGCCUUUUGGUAUUGUUGUUUGCAAGCUGGUACCUUUCUUGCAGAAAAUUUCAGUGGGGAUCACAGGCCUGAGUCUAUGCGCACUCAGUGUGGACAGGUAUCGGGCUGUUGUCUCCUGGAGCCGUGUUCAGGGGAUUGGAGUGCCUCUAUUGACAGCCUUAGAGAUCACUGGUAUCUGGAUUCUUGCUAGCCUCUUGGCUGUUCCUGAGGCUGUUGCUUUUGAUAUAGUAACAUUGGAAUACGGUGAACGAAGCUACAAUGUGUGCCUUCUUCUACCAACAACAGAGUUUAACCAGUUCUACAUCAGUGUGAAGGAUUGGUGGAUGUUUGGGUUUUAUUUCUGCAUGCCCCUAGUCUGUACUGCUUUCUUCUAUGCUCGAAUGACCAGUGAAAUGCUAAACAAGAGGAACAAGAGUUUGAGGAUCGCCUUGAGUGAGCACUUGAAACGGCGCCGAGAGGUAGCCAAAACCGUCUUGUUUUUAGUUGUGCUUUUUGCUCUGUGUUGGUUCCCUCUCCACCUUGGCAAGAUUUUAAAGAAAACUCAUUACAAUGAAAAUCGCUCCAACAAAUGUGAUUUCCUUAACUUCAUACUAGUCUUGGACUUUAUUGGCAUUCAUCUAGCAAUUCUGAACUCCUGUAUAAAUCCCAUUGCUCUGUACUUUGUGAGCAAGAAAUUUAAAAAUUGCUUCCAGUCCUGUUUGUGCUGCUGUUGCCAGAGCCAGGCUCUCAUGAAUGUGAUGCCCAUGAAUGAUACCUCCAAACAUGUAAGUUUGCAUUGGAAGAACCACGAACCCAAUAAUCCUGGUGAACGUAGCAGCCGGAAGGACAGCACAAACUGAAAGGAGAAUUCUCCACUAGACGAUGGGAUAAAAUAAAUAGAGCACAUGUGCUCCUCCAUGUUUUAAACUCUAUCAAUGAAGCCCUCUGAUGUGAUAGAACUAAAGACAGGAUGGGUUGUGACUAGAACUCAUCAUUUUAGAUUUGUUUUGGGAUUCCAAAGAGAUUUGAUUACCUGUUGCGAAGAGUUGAUCAUGUACCAGCGUCGAAUUUUUUUAGUUGUGAAUAUAAACAGAUGAUGUUUGAAAACAGGCUUCAAACAGCAGGUCGAGUAUUUGUAUGGGUUAUUACCUUGAAAGGUCCUAAGGGCCCACUGUAGGCUUUUAUCCACUUUUGACAUUCUGUUUAAUUUAAAAUGACUGGGUAAGUUUUCUGAUAUUUCACAUAUGUCCAUAGGCUCAUACAUACUAGAAUCCAGGAAGAAAAACCUGUUUCACAAAUGUAUUCAGUAUAUAAAUUCCUAUUUAUCAUCAGGGCAUACAAUGAUAAUUUUGUGUGAACAUAUCAAGUACUUCAGCAAGAUGGAUUCUAAAAUUCAAUUUAAGUCAAUUUCGUUAUUGGCUAACAAAAGGUAAUGCAAAAUAAUAAAGACUUUUUUAAAAUUCUAUACUCUCUGUAAAAGGAAAGAAUCAUCCAUUCUCAUCACUCCUGCAAAUCUAUGGAUGGCUAUUAUGAGUUGUUUUCGGGGACAUGUAUCCUUUCCUUUUAUAUGUAAUGAAUGGUGAUUAUUCUGUAUUGUUUAAAUGGACAUAAUUAUUGUCAAUUUCUAGAAAUGUCACAUAGAUGUACAUAACAAUAUAACGUCCUCAGUAGCGGUAUAAUCAAAAAAAUAUAAAUCCCACAUCAAAGUUUUGUUUGUAAAUUAUGUAUACUACAGGGUCUAUACCAAUGAGCAUGUCUCAGAUGAGUUCUGACUUGUGUACUUGUAAUGAAUCCCCUACCUCCACCACAAUGCAAU